AUAAUAUUUAAUGAUAAUGAAGAUUAUUGGUAUGAAAGGAUCGAAAGAAAUCAUUGUAUGAUUUAUAGUAUUGUUGUGUAUCAGUUCGACUGUUGGCCUUAAGUUGCUCAACACUGGUCUCCCUACUUUAGGGGAGGCUGAGCCAAAACCUAAUGAUCACUUCAAAAGCUUCUCAACAAUCUGUAGACAAAAAGGCUACCCCUUCGAACAACACAAGCUCAAAACUUAUGAUGGGUAUUUCUUGACCGUGUUCAGAAUUCCUGGCGCUAAAGGAGAGCUGCUCGAGCCAGCCAUUAAGGCUAACAAACCAGUUGUGUUGUUGUGGCACGGUCUGCUUGACAGCGCUGACAGCUGGAUCAUCAAUGACGAAGACAAAGCUCCAGCAUUGAUGCUAGCCAAUCAGGGCUACGAUGUGUGGUUGGGAAACUCCAGAGGAAACAAGUAUUCCAGAGAGCACAGGUUCUUAGAUCCUGACAGAGACGAAGAUAAAGCUUCGUUCUUUGGCUUCAACAUCGAAGACAUGGCUAACCACGACACCAACUCAACAGUCGCAUAUAUCAGACAAGAAACAGGAAAGAGGUCUAUCGGAGUCAUUGGCCAUGGAAUCGGAGCGACACAGUUCUUGCUAUCACCACAGACUGGAAUUGAAGUGUUGGUUACUCUCGGAGCUUACUCGUCUCUGAACCAUACUCAAGAAAAAUUGAUCACAACCCUGGCUAACAAUCCGAAAUUAAUUGAAAACCUCAAAGAUGCCAAAAUGUAUGAGGUGUUCGGAGAAGACUAUGUCUCCAACAAAAUAUUCUCAGCAAUCUGUGAGAACUCUCCGUCUGUGUGCCAGUACUUGCUCGAAGACAUCAUGCUUGUCGAAUCUGAGUACAUCAACAUUGACAGAGUUGAUGAGAUGCUAUCCCUAUUUCCAUCAGGAACCAGCCUGGAGAACUUAGAGCAUUUCGUCCAAAUAUACACUACGAAGAAGUUCCAGAAGUAUGACUAUGGACUUGAGCUUAACAGGAAGAUCUACGACCAUGACAUUCCUCCUCUAUUCGACCUGAGUGAAUCUCCGAACUUCAGAGUGGUUCAGAUUGUUGGGGAAGAAGACCACAUUUCUACGCCUCUGGACAACCACUGGUUGAAUUCUCAACUGGAGUCCAGCGUAGAGUAUUACGGAAGUUUCAGGAUUGGGCACUACAGCUUCAUACUUGGCAAGGACAUGAGUUACUUGGAGGAGAUCAUCAAGCUAUUCAAGCAAGAUCAGUGGAGUUAG